AUGUAUAUAAAGAAAACAGUUAUAGGUCAAGAUGAGAAUGGUGAAUGGAAUGUGCUUAAAUGUACAGAGGGGGAAACUUCUGAAGAACGUUUGUUGGUUAAAUCAUCAUCAUUUGAAUGCAGUGACCUCGUAUCGCUUUAUUGUAGAAAUGGGUCUAGUGCACAGAAAAGCAUAACAACAAUGAAAUCACAGAAAAGCAAUUUUACCACGCCAAUGAAACCCGAUCAGAUUACUCCGCCGAUAGGGUCUAGUCCACAAAGGACUUUAACAACAGUGAAAACACUGGAAAGCAAUUUUACCACGCCAAUGAAACCAGAUCAGAUUACUCCGCCGAUAGGCGUUAUAGUUGGCAUUGUAUCAUCAAUCAUUGUUAUUGGAGUAGUCAUUUUUGUAGUGAUAGUCUGCCGUCGACGAAGAUCAGCAAAAAGAAAACUAGUUCUCAAAGAAGAUGCACAUGGACAAAAUGAUACAGAAAAGACUGAACAUUUGGAAAACAAAAACAACUAUGCCUACAGUGAAAUUGAAAUGGAGGCUACCAAUAAAAAAGAUCACAUGGAUAAUGGUGACAAUGAAUACACAACAGGGCCAUCAGAUGUCUAUGAUCAUUUGAAUGAAAAAAGGAACAGAAAAGUUCAAACCGAGAACCCACAUGCUAUAUAUGAUCAUGCUAUCGGAGACAACGCUGAACCUGAUUACGACAGUACCAAACACGUGGUACCGACCAAUCCGGAUUACCAAGAAGUUACAAUCCGCAGCGAAGACGAAAGCUACCGAGAAAAGCUAUAACUUUUGCUCGAACUGCCAUGCAUCAACGUUAACAUGGACUGAAAAAUCCGUUUCUAGCUUUUAAAGGUUUAGUUGCAAUCCCAUGAAUGAAAUUUUAUUUAAUGAUUGUAGCACAGAAAUAUUUUGACAAUGCUUCAACAUUAAGAAGUGCAUAAUGCCAAGUACUAGGGUAUCUUAUAUACAAACAAUCGUUAUUUU